AUGCUGUAUAACCUUUCUCGCAACGGCCGUUCCGCAUCCUCUCGCCCUCCACUCUCUCUCAACCCACCAGUGACCUUAAAUAAUGCAGCAUUCUUCAGCAAUAAUAAAUUUAAGCUCGCUAUUACAAAUAGCAUAUCACGCAUCUGCGUCUUGGCAACUUUAAGCUCCAGCUCGCCAGCAGAGCAAAAGAACCACGCUUGCGAUUCCUACGACGGGAUUGAUCAAUCCAAGAUCAGGGACGAUGAACGUUUUGUGGGUUUUCGAGGCGCCUCAGCAAGGCUUUGUGUUGGUAAAUCAUUGGAUUGGUCGGUCGAUGUUAUCGGAAUAGGAAGUUGUUAUGGAUUGAGUUUAGUCGAUUUGGUGAUAAGGUCUAGGGUGCUUUUCGGUAUUUCUUUUAUCCUAUUGGGCGUUUGA